GCCGUAAAAGAACAAAUGUUGUUUUGUUACACCUUUCUCAUUAAUUUGAACAGUUUAAAGCGCUCCGCUUGUUUUGGCAGGGUGAACUGGGACAUGCAACAUGCGGUCAAUAACUGGGAGCAAAUUACUUGAUUCCCCCCUCAAAUAGUUAAUCUUACAUAUUCUUAAAUCAACAAAAAUAUCUUACACUUACCUUAAUGCAGAGAUUAAAGACGCGCUUCAGGUUUAAUCUGAACUCGUCUUGUAAAUGUGAAUUAAACUCUCAUUGUGUAGACGCAAUAAUGUUCCCAAACGAAACAGAGCAUUUUAAAGUAAUAUACAGAAACUUAUUUAAAGGGAUGUUAAUUUCCCUUUAUUAUAUGACAUGAAUUUACUUGUUUUGGACUCUUGCCGUAAGGCUGCAUUGCCUGAAGUGAUACCAAACGUGCAGUUUAAAAUCUAUAAAAUUAAUUUUUUUGGAGGUAUACACUGCAUCGAUUUGAGCUUUCCGGGAACUCCCUUCAGAUUCUUAACACUUCAUAUUUGAAAAAAAAAAAAGAACUCAGGUGGACACUGUUGAAAAAAAAAAGAGAGAGACACAAACCAAUCAGAUCGCUCCUUCUCCCUUUGGCCAAUGACAGACGCCACAUUGUUGUCAAAUUUGUCUAAUGAAAAUGUAGGAGCAACAAUAGGGAGAGGGGAGAGAGGGAUCUGUAUCCACUGACGAUCUCAGGAGGAAGUUAGUGUCUCAGACUGCGGCUCCUGGACACUUUUUAACUUCUGAUCGAAGAGGACUGAUCUCUUCUUUCAGCUUCAUCUCUUGUCGGAUCUAAAAUCGUUUCUCCACAUAUUUUCUGGAUAGCUUCCACCAGAGUUCUGUUUCUAAGUCAGUUUGUAGAAAUCGCUAACUUCAGUUGUUGCGCAGAGAUGUUGCAGCAGAUGUGAUCAACUCAAGGUCAGUUCAGCUAAAACAGGUCGAUCAUCCAACAUUGCUUACUUACUUAGUUUCUAUUAAAUAAUUGACUUAGACGGCAUGGAUCUGAGACCGGAGCUCCCCACAGCGUCUUCCGCCUCCCAGGUCCACCCGGGGGCGGCAGCGGUGGCCGCGGCGGCCUCCAUCCCGGUAACCAUGGCCAGCAACCUGCUGCGUGGCCCUCCGCUGCUGCUGCGCGCCGCGGACAAGUAUCCCCGCACGCCGAAGUGCGCCCGCUGCAGGAACCACGGCGUGGUGUCCGCGCUGAAGGGCCACAAGCGCUACUGCCGCUGGAAGGACUGCAUGUGCGCCAAGUGCACGCUGAUCGCGGAGCGGCAGCGGGUGAUGGCGGCGCAGGUGGCGCUGCGGCGGCAGCAGGCGCAGGAGGAGAACGAGGCCCGGGAGCUGCAGCUGCUCUACGGCACCGCCGAGGGCCUGGCUCUGGCCGCAGCUAACGGUAUCAUCCCCCCGCGUCCCAACUAUGAGGUGUUCGGCUCUGUCAACAGCGAGAGCAACUCAGAGGCUAGUAUCCAGAAGUAUGACCUGUUUCCAAAGACCCAGAUGUCCGGCUCAACCACCCCUCAGAAGUCCGUAGGGAAACCUGGGUCCACCGAGAGCGACUCUGCUCCGGGCAUGUCCUCCCCAGACGGCCGGCACGGAGGAGGCUCGGGGUCAGAGAACGGAGACAGCGAGUCUUUCAUCAACUCACCGGUGUCCAAGCCUUUAAAGGACGGAGAGGAAACCCCCGGAUCCGUCAGCUCGCUCGCGUCGGACUCCGGCUCCGAGACCGACAAAGACGAGCAGGAGCCCUCCCCGUCCUCCGCGGCCUCCCGGCACAUGAACGCCAUCGACAUCCUGACCCGGGUGUUCCCGAGCCACAAGCGCAGCGUGCUGGAGCUGGUUCUGCAGGGCUGCGGCAAGGACGUGGUGCAGGCCAUCGAGCAGAUCCUCAACAACAGCGGCGCGCAGACCCCUAAUAAGGCCGGGCCGGAGGAGACGUGGACGGCGGAGAGGAUGGUCCAAAGCGCACAGCAGACUCCCGCUGCAUCUGGAACCGCAGCCACUCCGACCAGGCCGAUGCUCGCCGGAGCCAUGACGCUGAGUAACCGCUCCGCGUUUUCUCCGCUCCAGCCGAACGCCCCGCACUUCGGAGCAGAACCCGGCACCUACCCGCUGGGGACCCACCUGGGACUGAGCCCGCUGCGGCUGGCCUACUCCGCGCACAGCCGCGGUCUGGCCUUCAUGACGCCCUACUCCACCACAGGGCUCAUGCCCACCUUGGGCUUCAGACCCCCCAUGGACUAUGCUUUUAGCGACCUGAUAAGGGACAGGACAAUGCUGCACAAAGAGCAAGGCUAUGCCAGCAGCCUGUACGGGCCUUUAGUCAACAACACGCCGGACAAACAGUGAAACUGCUGGACUGAAAACACACUCCACUGCAGUAUAACAAACCUGUGAUGUGUUCUGUAUAUAUUAGAAUUACCAGACUUGUAGACAGUUGUUCAGAGAGGGGGAGAAACUAAACUGAAUUAUGUGUAACUUUAAAGCUUAUUUUAUGUGUUAGAUUACAAAAAUCUGGACGCUUUUCCCCAUUUAUCAACAUCAUAAAAUUAAAGCGAACAAGUUCCAAGUUAAAUCGAGCUGGGAGACACUUAGUCCUCCAACUGCAGGUUUUAUGUAAAAUUGUAAUAAGAUAAAUAUUUAUCAUUGGGUUUGAAUUUUUAUAGAUUAUCUUAUUUUACAGCCAGCUGGCACAACUAAACAAUUGGAUAAUAAAUGGUGCGAAGCGAAUAACGUGUGCAGAUCUUUUUUCCCCCUUUCUUUGUUGUAUGAUUUCAACAAUCUCACUUUUUGCCUGUAUUUUAUAUAUAUAUAUAUAUAUAUAUAUAUAUAUAUAUAUAUAUAUAUAUAUAUAUAUAUAAAACCAAUUGCAUUUGGCAACAUGAAAUGUUUGACUUCUCAUUUAGUCAGACCCACUGUUGAAAGAUAUACUGUCACAUAAAUAUGCUGGGAAUAAAUGUUAUUUUAAAAAUGUG